AUGAGCUUCACUCAAUUGACUGACUUGGUCAAACGUAACCGUGCCGUUGACAUUAAUCCACCACCUGCUGAGUCUGAUAUCAACUUGACCAGCCAUGGUAGUGAUUGGUUAUGGGCUGCGUUUUCUGUAUUUGCAUUGCUUGCAAUUUGCCAUGGUUUCAUCUACAGUUUUGUUAGUGUCCGCAGAAGUGGCAUCAAGAAGUCAUUGUUGACCAUUCCAUUGUUUACCAACGCAGUUAUGGCUUUUGCUUACUAUACUUAUGCCUCAAACUUGGGUUUCACUUGGAUCGAAACCGAAUUUCACCAUGUUUCUACAGACAGAGGAUUAUAUGUUCGUCAAAUCUUUUACACAAAGUUUAUCGGAUGGUUCUUGUGCUGGCCAUUGUUGUUGGUCAUUUUCACUGUCAAUACUCACACAAGCUUGACUGACGAUAGAGAAGACAUUUUGAAAAAGAUUGUUCAAGUUGUUUCGGCCAUUUUCACUAGAUUCUUGUCAAUUGAAGUGUUUGUUUUGGGUUUGUUGAUUGGUGCUUUAAUCAGAUCUACCUACAAAUGGGGUUACUUUACUUUUGCAACCGUGGCAUUGUUGUUUACCAUUUAUCUCGUUUGCGUUGAUUUGCAUCACAGCUUCCAAUCCGUCAACAAGAAUUUGAUUGCUAAUUUAGUCAUAAUUUUGGAGAUUGUAGUUUGGAUCUUGUACCCAGUUUGUUGGGGUUUGUCCGAGGGUGGUAAUGUCAUCCAACCAGAUUCAGAAGCUGUAUUUUAUGGUAUUUUGGAUCUCAUCAAUUUUGGAUUCGUGCCUGUGAUUUUGACUUGGAUUGCCGUGAACACCAUUGACGAGGAUUUCUUUACAAAAGUCUGGCACUUCCAUUUGAACAACAAUGUUCAUGUUGAUCGUGAUGCAGAAAAGUCUGUUGGUGACGACACCCCAAGACAUUCGGGCGACACUACUGUUGCACCAGCUGGCGUGCAUCAAGAGGAGGAACAACAAGUUUAG